AUGUCCGAUUCCCCGAUGUGGAGAUACGAGUUCACUUCUUCUACUACCACCAUCAUCAUGCGAAACAAACCUCGCAGCCGUUCUGCCCCGCCGUUCUCUGCUCACGAUUUCGGACUAGGCUGGGAGCUCAGAGAAGAUGGCAUAGAAACUGAAGAUCUAUGUAUGGAUCCCGCCGAUCUAGCAGAAUUUUCAACUGUUAAAAUCUUCAGAGAUUACCAUUCUAGGUCAAUGUAUUGGGUCAACUCGGACAAGGUCCUCAAGCUGUUCUCCUACUUGAUAGAUGUUUCUAUCAUAGUUGAAAACAUGGAUUUAGCCCGCACCAGGCUUCUGGUUCCCCAUGUGCUGCGCUAUGGACGAUCGGGCAACUGCUCGUAUAUUUUGAUGGAGAGGAUAUCGCAUACCAAUCUUGCAGUCGACAUGUUACAAUGGGGAAUCCUGUUAAGAUCAUGUACACCGAGUAACCGUGCCAAAGCUACAAGGUGCCUAAGUGCGGAAGACGAGUGGGACAGUAGUGAAGUUAUUAACAACACCGCCGUUACGCCGUUAGUCCCCGGAGAGCGAGAGUAG